CAUUUCUUACUAUACUUUUUCUUUCUCAUCUACAUUAUUUUUUUUCUCUCCCUUGAAGGUCUCUUACACCCCAUGUUUUGUUCUUCCUUGUUCAUCCAUUGAAAACCAAAGUUUUCUUUAGGAAACCACAAACAAAAUGGUUAGAGCAGGGGAACAAGACCAAGAAAGUUACAGGUCCAAACUGUUUAAUUUCAGAGGGAUGUUUGAGAACAAUGCAGGGAGACAUACCAAGAGUUUGAGCGUUGAUACCGCUACCACUUUGGAUUUUCAACAACCUGCUGAAGAUGGUUCUGCCUCAUCAAGAAGCCAAGGUUCAAGGCCUCUUGAUUCAGAUAAAAUUCCUAAGGCAAGGAGUAUAAGCAAGGAGGAAAUCGCGGCCAAGGAAGCCAAAGAAAAACUAUUGCAAGAUAUGGAACAGAUGAAGGAGAGAUUUGCUAAACUGUUAUUAGGUGAAGACAUGUCUGGUGGAGGAAAAGGUGUUUCAUCUGCUUUGGCCCUGUCAAAUGCUUUCACAAACCUUGCAGCUUCUAUUUUUGGCGAACAAAAGCGGCUAGAACCAAUGCCGGCUGAAAGGAAAGGCAAGUGGAGAAAAGAAAUUGAUUUGCUUCUAUCAGUCACAGAUUACGUCGUCGAAAUGGUUCCUUCACAACAGAAAAAUAAGGAUGGCACACAAAUGGAGAUUAUGACGACUCGACAAAGGACAGAUCUACACAUGAAUAUCCCAGCCUUACGCAAGCUUGAUACAAUGCUUUUCGAAUGUCUAGAUAACUUCAAAGAUCAAAAUGAGUUCUAUUAUGUAUCGAAGGAUGCCGAUGAUGAUAAUAAAGACAAGGCAAAGACAGCCAAUGAUGAUAAAUGGUGGUUACCUACACCUAAGGUUCCGGCAGAAGGUCUAUCUGAUGCAGCUAGGAAAUUUUUACAAUAUCAGAAAGAUUGUGUGAAUCAAGUACUUAAAGCCGCUAUGGCGAUAAAUGCGCAAAUUUUGUCCGAAAUGGAGAUUCCUGAAAACUAUAUUGAAUCUCUUCCUAAGAACGGAAGAGCGAGUCUAGGGGAUGCAGCCUAUAGGAGCAUUACAGUUGAAUUUUUUGAUCCUGACCAGUUCCUAUCGACCGUGGACUUGUCAUCGGAACAUAAAGUCCUAGACCUCAAGAAUAGAAUUGAAGCUUCAAUCGUGAUUUGGAAGCGGAAAAUGCACCAAAAAGAUACCAAAUCUACUUGGGGUUCUGCUGUUAGUUUGGAAAAAAGAGAGCUUUUCGAAGAGAGAGCAGAGACCAUCUUACUUCUACUAAAGCACCGAUUCCCCGGCAUUGCUCAAUCUUCAUUGGACAUAAGCAAAAUCCAGUUCAAUAGGGAUGUAGGACACGCCGUUCUUGAAAGCUAUUCAAGGAUAUUGGAAAGUUUGGCAUUCACGGUACUAUCGAGAAUUGAUGAUGUACUUCAAGCCGAUUAUAACACUCAAAAUCCAUCAGGAAAAAAGAGAGUAUCAGUUUCGAAACCGGCUCCUCCUCCAAAAGAAGAGAUAGACAAAGGCAGCGUAGACAUGUCUGGUUCAAUGACACUACUGGAUUUCAUGGGUUGGGAUGAUCAACCCGACUCAGACGCAAAGAAGGACUCAUUUGAAAUUUCAGACGACUCUUGCCAAGAAGUUGAAACCAAGCAGGAAAAAAAGCUUCCGGCCGUAGUAGUGACCAACAAGAAAGUUUCAUACCUUGAAACCUUGGGAGUCAUGAGGAGUCCCGAGUCGCGUCAUUAAAACGCUGCAUUUAGACUCAUAGAGGUUAUAAUUUGUCGGAGUCUUGUUGACUGUUUAUUCUUGAUCCAUUCUCUAAUUUUGUACAUAGGAAUGGCGGAAUCAUACAAAACAUUGUCAUAGAUAUAUUUUCCUCUGAAGGAUUUGUAGGCUGGUAGGUAGCUACCAACUUGAGAAUUUUUUAUGAUACCACAACGUAUCUUUUCUACUGUUUUGUGGUAAUAAUUUUAUGUAGACAUUAUUAUCUUUGAUUCAAUCGAAUAUAUCGGCAAUGAUACUGUAUA